AUGAUUGAUCCGUGGCACAUCAUGUUCUGGGAUUAUCGACGCAAAGCCUUCUGCGGUGGUUUUUUAGAGAAGUAUAAUAGUUAUAUCAUAGAAGAUGCUAAAGGCUAUAAGGUGGAUCGAUUUUAUUUGAAGCUAGCACUAUUGAACGAGCGAUGGAUAGUAACGGCGGCCCAUUGUUUCGAGACGGGCUCCGAGUCGGCGAUCGACGUAAAGCUCGGCAAAUACGACCAAACAAUGACCGAAGAGACCGAAGUUGUGGCCAAAAUAGCGGAAGUGAUUCGUCACCCGGACUUCAGUCGCGACACGUUUGACAACGACAUAGCGUUGGUUCGGUUGACACAACACAUCUCAUUCACGCCCAGCAUUACUCCCGUUUGUGUCAUCGAUAAGCGGGAGCGCCGGCAGACCGAGGAGUACUACCUGCGGCCCAACAGCGCCCUCCGUAUCGGACACGUGACCGGUUGGGGUCAGCUGAAGGAGAACGGCCCGCAGCCCCGGUAUCUCCAGGAACUCCGUGUGCCGAUCGUGGAGGAGAGCAAAUGCAAACAGUCGACGGCAUUCAAAGUGACCGCUAAUAUGUUUUGCGCCGGUUAUGGGAAGGAAGUGUUGGGCGACGCCUGUAAGGGCGACUCCGGCGGCCCGUUUGUCGUCCCCUAUAAGUCCCGAUGGAUUAUCUUAGGGCUGGUGUCGUGGGGCGAGGGCUGCGGCCGAACCGGAAAGUUUGGUUUCUAUACUAAAGUCAACAACUAUUUGGAUUGGAUUAACGCAAUCAUCAAAUUGUGAUACAAAUUACUAGAAUU